UCAGCCUUUGUUUUUCAAUAAGUUUUAUUUUUUGGGUAAAGGGACCAGAGCUCGUGCGCAGCAUCAGAAAAAAAGGAAGUGCUGCAAAUGUUUGCGUCGCUAUGGAAACCCUGUCGGUAUACGGAAAUACUACUCAGAGGGACAACUUCAAGAAAAUUUAAUGCUCAGUUAACGGGUUCCGUUCUCGUUUGUAGUUGUUGCUCAGAGUAAAAGUUGCUGAGCUGAAGAUCAGAAAAAACAGUGGAGGAAAUGACCAUUUGCCUGUACGAGUGUCUGAGAGCUGCUGGGCUGCAGCAUCAUUAUGAAGGGUUUACCUUGGUGGGUGUACGCCAUGCAGCCCACCUUCCAACUUUAAGAAUGGAGGACUACCCACUCCUGGGGGUUCACUCUAUGGAGGACAGAACUCGACUUUUCCAUCUUGUUCAAAUGGUCAAAACUCUUGACCUUAAGAGCCUCGUGAACGACGACGUCUUGAUUUAUAACGAAAAUGUUUAUGAUGGAGGUGAUGGAGACUACUCUGCAGGGGAUGGUAGAUUCAGUUCUGAUGGUUGUGGAAGUUCUGGUGAAGAUUUGAGUGGAGAUCAGGGUGAAAAUAAAACUCCGAUGCAAAGCUUCAGUUUUGCUAGACCAACACGCGCUCAAAGACGACUUGAAUUCACUGUUGAAUCUUCUCAUCCCGUUCAUGUCUGUGCAAAACCUAACAAAAAUAAUCUGCCUGUUCACGGAAAAGAAUCAGCCACAUCCGUGCGGCACAAUGUUUUCAGCAGAAAGUUGGUGCUAAAUGGUCACCGAGAGAGCGGGAACGAUAAUUUGGAUGUCCUUAAACGUUUACACGAUUGUCAAAAUGAAGAAAAGCUACAAAUUGCACGAGGACCUUCUGUGUUCAACUACGAUGCUAGUUUACUACCAAAGAGUAAAACAUCCCACAAACAUUAUCCCAGUCCUGUAACAGUGCCAUUCAAAACAUUUAACAACAAAUCGUUUGGACUGAAAGACAGACAAAGACUCUCUAAAGACAUGACUAAGCCCAUACCAGUUUAUGAAGCAAAAAGAACAGCUGGCUACAACUACGGCCUCCCUCUGAGUUCUCCUCAUGCUCCAAACUACAAGCAUGCAGGAAGGCAAAGGAUCAGCGUGUGUGUGAGGAAGCGACCUUUGACUCGUGCAGAGGGCAGGAGAGGGGAGACAGAUGUUGUGACAACACCCGGUGGAGACUGUGUGGUUGUUCAUGAAGGCAAAGAAGCUGUGGAUCUCACAGAGUACAUACUUCAGCACAGGUUCUACUUUGACCAUGUUUUGGGGGAGGAGAGCUCCAAUGAAGAGGUGUAUCGAAAAACAACGUCUCCUCUGGUGCAGCACAUGCUCAGCGGAGGGAAGGCCACCUGCUUUGCAUACGGACAAACAGGUGCAGGGAAGACUCACACCAUGCUGGGUUCAUCUUCUGGGGGUCCUGGGUUGUAURCUCUUGCAGCUCAGGGCAUUUUUGCUCACCUGUCUGCCACUCACUCAAACUACUCCCCUCAGCUGGUUUAUGUCAGUUUCUUUGAAAUCUACUGUGGCCAGCUGUACGACCUGUUGGACCACAGAAAAAGGUUAUUUGCCAGAGAGGAUGGACAGAAAAUGGUUCAUAUUUCAGGGCUGCGUAAUGUCAGAGUGGAUUCUGUCAACUCACUGCUGGAGGUGAUUUCUCAGGGAACAGCGGAGCGAACACAAGGGACGAGCGGCGUCAAUCCACGCUCUUCUCGUUCACAUGCAUUGCUUCAGAUUCAGCUCCGAGAUUUAAAUCUGCAGACAGCUGGAAGGAUGUGCUUUGUGGACCUGGCAGGAAGCGAGAGAGCAUCAGAUGCCAAAGAACCAGACCGACAGACUCGUAUGGAGGGAGCUGAGAUCAACCAGAGCCUGUUGGCUCUUAAGGAAUGUAUUCGGUCUCUUGAUAAAGAGGAAUCUCACACACCUUUCCGACAAAGCAAACUUACUCAGGUUUUGAAAGACUCGUUUGUUGGUGACUCAAUGACAUGCAUGAUUGCCAACAUCUCACCGGGUCACCAAGCAACAGAACACACGCUAAAUACGUUGAGAUAUGCGGAUCGUGUGAAAGAGCUGAGGGGACAAGGUGAGAAAAAACUAUGYGAGACGAGACCCUCCUCCAAGCAUAAUGUGUCAGAGAGCAACAAGAGCCAAAGCAAUGUUGGCGCCCUGAUAAAGCGUAAAUUAAAGAAACAAAGUGCUUCUUUUAGUCCUAACACAUCCGCAGCAAGGCUACACACAGAGGACACAUUUCUCUGCUCAACACCAAAGAACAGUAGAUGUGGACAGAAAACCCAAUCAAGAAACAGAAGAGAAAUGGGAUUUGAUCAAAUUACACCGAUUAGAAGUUGGCUCGCACAUGAUGCUGCUGGGGGUUGGAGUAAAAGAGMAGAUGAAAAAGAGGGCGGGAGAAUGGAAAAUGCAAAGUAUGGAAGCUGUAACCGUGUUAGAGAGAAAAGUACCAGGGCAGCACUGGUGAUUGAAGAACGAAACAAACGCCAUCAAAAUACAGACAAAGCCAUAGAGGGUUGUUUAGCUGUCGCUAAAUUGGAAUCUGGAUUCCAACUCAGAGAAAAAGAGAUGUCUCAGAUCGUUACAAAGGGGGGAAGAAAAGAGCAAAUGAAGUCCACAGAAGCAAGAGGAAAAACAGAAAGCCUCUACAGAUGUAGAAACAAUGAAGGAGAGGAGCAAAGAAAAGGAGAGAUGCUUAAGGGUGACAAUAAGGAGAAAAUGAAGCGUCUGAGACAGUAUCAUCAGCAGCUGCAGCAGUUUUUACCCUCGUCAACUUCUUUAUCUGUCCAUUUCCAAUCAUCAUCCACAUCUCUCUCUUCCUCCAUUCAUGACUCCCUUCCUUCACUCCUGCACUCGUCYUGCCUGCCUGAUCAUAAGUUGAAAGGUUUUUCAAACGUAAACACGGACAAAAUUGAGGUUGAUUGUACAAGAAGGCAAAUUYCUUCGCUGAGUGCUCAAGCUUCUUUACAAAAUGAACCCUCUAAUUACUGUCUGAAAACUGAUGUGGACGCUUAUGGCAGCUAUGGUGGUGUAAGGGAAGAUCGAAAGGUAGGAAAGUUUGAAAGUGAGAYGAAGAGGUUGGAAACCGAUGAAGAACACACCAGGAGAGAACCCAAGUGGUGCUCUUGGGUGGCUGAGGAAGAGUCUGCAAACAGAACAAGUACACUUCCAACAAAAAUGUCAUCACGGCUAUUUUGUAGCUGGGAUUCAGAGGACAAAGGAGAUCUGAGUGUAGGAGAGCUGGAUGCAUCAGAUGCUCCUGAUAAUGGAGUGUGGGGCAUUGGGCAGGUAGAAGCAGCUGAUUACCGCAGUUUACAGACUGCUCACAGCAGCAAUGAAAGCAACAACCACUUUAGUCAGACUCCUUUUGAGUCGCAGCAUCAACAAGCUCCUGCAGAGAGACCGCUUUCUCCAGCGGAUGAAAACCCUAUCGCAAUUGUGACGUCUGACAAUCUUAAGGACACUUGUCGUAAAUCUAAACAGGAUUGCAAUACUCUUGUUUUACCAUUUCAAAAUAUUCCAGAAGCAGCAUCGCCAAACAGUGCUAGCAGAAGACCAUUUUCAUGUGUUCAACCUGUUCCAACCAACGUGACAUUGACCGAGUCCCUUAAUAAAUGGCCAGAACAUCACGUUYCCACAAAAUCAGGCAGCCGUCAAGACUUCAAAGCCAAAAUGCCUAUUCUGCCUCAAGAUGAGUCGUAUUUGGAGUCCUCAAGCUACACCAUGGACCCUCUGAGCCUCUCCCUGCUUCAUGUGGACCAACAACCUGCAACAGCCUCGUUCCUCCAGGGGCACACCAGCAAUGGAGAAGAUAAGAAAGGGGAAACUGGAGAAGAAAGUCUUUCAAGUGUAGAAAUGGAGAGGGACAUUGUAGAGGAUGAGGAUGCAAAAUUUCACCUGUCUCUUUUAGAGAUUCUCCACCCAACGGUACCCGCUAAGUCUGACACUCCUGGGUUUGCGCUGAUGACCAGUCAAAAAAACAAGCAAACUUGUCAUCAAACUCCUCUCAUGUCUCUCCCUAUCCAGGAUAGGUCAUUUGCUGUAUGUAAAUCACCAGAUCAUGAACAUAACAAACACAAAACACAACUGGCAAAUGUCCACUUGAAUAUAGUCCAUUCAACCCAGUCCAGCAUCUCAAAGGCUUCACCUAAACCAAGUAGGACAGCAGAGCCAAGUAAUCAAGAAAGCAACAGUAGUCUGCAAAUUAAACCAGCAAUCCAUUUGGUUACCAUGGACAGCUUGAACAACGCCAAAUGGUGUGUCGUUGAGGCCCAUUUGGAGCAGCUAAAGGAGGUGAAAGCUUUAUGUCAUAAAGAGGGAAAGCUUCUGUGCCAACAGCAUGAUAUGGCCUUUGGGGAAUAUGUCCACGAACUGGCAGAGAUCCUGGAGAAAAAAGCUAAAUGUGUGCACAGCAUGAGAGCUCAGCUGCAGCCAUAUCUGAAGUCCAUUUUGUCUAAUCACCACCCCACAACACAAGAAGAUAAUCACCAUCCAGUUGUGUAGCUCAUACAUACUCAUAUUCUAUUACAUAUAU